AUGCACGGCCCAUCCCUAGGGAUUGAUCAACGUCCUUCAAUGAAGAAGGACGGGGAUAUUCAUUCAAUACCGUGCAAAUUAAACUUCGAUGGUCCCGCGCCGGUGUCAAGAUAUUUUAUUCAACGAAUAGAUGAGGACUCAAGAAGGCAUGCUGCUUUUCGUGGUCAUGGUCUUGAGGGUAUCACACUUGACUUGCCAUCAGGUUACAAGCUGUAUGUGUUAAAGAAACGAGGCAAGACUGUUUUUUUUUCAGUAGAUGACAUGUAUGAUAUUGAGAGCCAGAGGGACUCCUUUGCCCUAUGGGAGUGGGAUCGUGAAGCUGGAGAGCGAUCGGUGAUGGCUAGAGCUUUGUCACAGUUGGAAAUCGCUCAUAAACUUGCUGAUGACUAG